CAAUGUAUUUAUAAAAAAAGUAAAAAACUGCAGGCUCGGCGCAAACUGCUUUGCAAAUGGCGUACCAAGAUAUUUAAAAUUAAGUGUUGUGGUGUUUAAAGAGGGUAAUAUCCAUUUUUUUUGUAUGAAUGAAACCAUACAAAUACUACGAAUGUUAAACGGCUAAAAUCUAUAAAAAUGGCGAUGGAAAUGGAGUACUCGACCAGGGAACGGCAUUUGGCUGGACAAUUGUAUGAUUAUUUUUGCACUACCCAGAGUAUGAAGGAUAUUCUAUCGUCCUAUACACUGCUAUGCGACGUGCUCAGGUUGAAGCCUAAUAGAUUAAAUGAAUUUUACCCAAAACUUAAGGCCAUAUUGAGUAAUAAUUGGAAAGCCCAGGCGCUGUUCGCGAAAUUUGACGAGAGAGCGAACCAUAAAGAAUAUCUAAAGGGCAAAGCAUGUUCAAAAACGCGUGUUCUAAUAAUUGGUGCGGGUCCCGCUGGCCUUAAAAUGGCAAUAGAAUGCCAGUUACUAGGAGCAAAAGUGGUGCUGAUUGAGAAAAGAGAUGAGUUUUCUAGAAAUAACGUUAUCCAUUUAUGGCCGUUUGUAAUACAAGAUCUAAACAACCUUGGGGCUAAAACGUUUUACGGAAAAUUUUGCGCCGGGUCUAUCAAUCACAUUAGCAUAAGACAACUACAAUUUAUUUUACUAAAGAUGGCACUCCUGUUAGGAGUUGAAGUACACCAAUGCAUUGCCUUCGAUGACCUUGUGGAGCCGGAAAUAAGUGAGGACGAUGAAAUUACAGGAUGGAGGGCGUUAUUACAACCAAGGGCACACCCAUUGUCGCAAUACGAGUUUGACGUGCUAAUUGGUGCUGAUGGCCGACGAAAUUCGCUGCGAGGAUUCGAGAAGAACGUAUUACGUACAAAAUUGUGUAUUGGCAUAACUGUCAAUUUCAUUAAUCGAAACACUGAGGAGGAGGCGGCGGUGAAUGAAAUUGGUGGCCUUAGUUAUAUAUUUGCCCAACAGUUUUUUAAAGAUAUAGAAAGUUCUACGGGUAUAGACCUAGAGAAUAUAACCUAUUAUAAAGAUGAGACCCAUUAUUUUGUAAUGACAGCAAAGAAAAGUAGUCUGAUUAAAAAGGGCGUACUAUUAAGGGACUACUUGAAUGUAGCAACACUUUUGAGUAAAGAAAAUGUAUCAAGAGAAGCAUUGAUGAACUACGCACUCGAAGCGGCGCGUACCGCCACCAAAGGACAAAUUCCGAACAUGACAUUCGCAGUGAACCAUUGCGGGGAACCUGACAUAGCAAUAUUCGAUUUCUCAACCUCCUACUCAUCGGAGAAUGCUUCUAUCGUGUACGAGGUUAUAGGGAAAAGAUUGUUAUGUCAGUUGAUAGGAGACAGUCUGAUGGAGCCAUUUUGGCCCACUGGUUCGGGGUGUGCGAGAUGUUUCCUUUCAGCUAUGGACGCGUCCUGGGCCGUACGAUCGUGGUGCCAGCGGCCGGAGAAACAUCCGCUGCUUGUUAUAGCCGAAAGAGAAAGCAUUUAUAGAUUACUGCCGCAAACUACUGCAAACAACUUACAGCCAAAUAUUCCGGCCUAUACAAUAGAUCCCAUAUCCAGGUAUUCGAACCUUAAUACCAAAUGUGUGACGCCUCAUUCCGUUUCCAAGCUUUAUAUAAGCGAUCACCCAAUCCCAUUGGAUGCAGAGAUGCCCCGGCGAAAGACAGGUAAUGUAACGUUAAGGGCGAUGCUCAAUUGGGCUGGACACCCGGACUUGGAAUCGGCGACAAGCCCGAAGGCCCUUUGGGAUAUUGUGAUGAGGUAUCGACACGACCUUCUGCCUGAAUACAAUGAAGAGAACUAUAGUUAUAUAUAUCAGUUGCUGGAAGAAAAAUUCUUGCCGCCAUUACAACUUGAAAAAAAAAUAGACGACAUGCGUUAUAGGUACCUUUUGGGUGUCUACGUCGCUUUUAAAGGGGAAGUCCCUUACGUUCCGAGCAUCGCCUUAGACCAAGACAGUAUCAUUGCGCUCUUCCAAUCAAUGGUUUCUGUGCCAAGGCCUAUGCCAGUUUUAACAAAUACAUCAGUUGCAGUUCCUAGAAUAAAUCCGAACAGGCGACAAACAGUUGAUAACAGGGUAAGUACAAACACAGCUGACUACAUUAGGAAACGAAUCGGCAAAUUAGACAUUAAUGAUAUCACGAAAUUCGCACGUUUAAUGGAAGGGCAUAAUGCAAUAUCAGACUCUGAAUAUUCCGUUAAACAUAAAGAGAUACACGAUCAAAUAAUAGCUCUCCUAGAUCCUGACGAAUCACCGGAUCCACAGAUGGUUAGAGAAGCUAUAACAGAUUUACUGCAAGGCUGUUCUAGAAGUAAAGUUAACCCUCAAGGUGACUUGACGAAAUUCUUCGCAAGCGAAAAGAUAAAUGAAAACAAAUCGUCGAGAUGCCUUAAAGGUCUUGAUCCCGAAAGUCUCAGACCUCAAGAUAUUUUGUAUCUCGAUGAAUCAGAAACAAACCGUUGUGCAAUAUCGAAUGUUCUGGAGAAAAAGCCUAAUAAGAAGCUUGUGCGUUCACAAUCAGACGAAAGCCCCGAUGUACCUAGACCUGAUAUAAUUAAUCGCAGAAAGAAUUCUGAUUCGAUGGUAAACGUUAGAACCGGUUCCUCGGAAAUUGGUCACGGUAUAAAAGAUAUGAGAGAUUUGUUUGAAGGAAAAUUUUAUAAUAGGAAUGAUGAAGACAAGACUAUAUCACAUAGAGAAGACAGAAAGAAGAUGUGUAGGGAUCUGCGCUGGCAACAAUUUGAAAAUAUUAUUGAAGGAAAGAACAACGAUUCGUACUGUGUCGAACCGAAAAAAGUUUUGUCUAUAGGAAACACUGAAUUAGCAGAGAAACGACUAAAAAUGGCAGAACUGCUCUUAGGUGUCUCGCAAGAAAGCGGCCCUGGGGCUACGGCCCCGCGAAAUUCUGGGAAUGUGGCUUUUAGAAUGCAGAGAAUCACAAAUAUGAUCGCAAGGAACAACACUCAAGCAAAGCUACCAAAAGGUGCCAAUAGGCGGAAACAGGCCCGUGAAAUGAUGAAGGAACGUGUGGAAAAGAGUCUUCAAUUGCUGACACUGGAACCGCCACCCGCUGUAUCCCAGACUGACUUGGAACAUGAUUAUGGACUCCAGCAGUACAGAGCGGACGCGCCGGACUUUGACGAACGAGUUAAAAAACUAGAGAAGCAACUUCAACACUAUGACGAAUCAGCAAUUGAACCAAUAAAGGCAAUCGGUAGUGGUAUAAGAGUGGCUAAACUAGCAGCCGAGUUAAACUCGACGGCUUUGCCUAAACCUAAACCGUUAAAGCCAAAAGACCUAAUGAGGGCGAUAGGAAAGAUAAGUCAGGAUGACUGGCAAAUUAAACAAAUCGAAGGAAAGAUUAACGAGAAUAGAUUUGGCCGUCCGAUGCCAUCUGCGGCAGAACGCGUACCCAAAUGGGAUCGGGAACAAUUUCUUAACAGACAGCAUAGGGUACAACACGGUCAGACUGAAGACAAGUGGACAGCUGGCGAUACAAUCAUAAAACGGGUCGAUACCAAACUGAAGGACACUGGAAGGCCGGAACAAGGAAGAACUUCGGUAAAAUCUCUGAUGGCGAAAUUUUUGGAUAGGCCAGUCCCCCCUGUGCAAGUUCAAGAGAAUCCGGGCCUUUCGAGGGGAGGACAGCGUCAGACAGACAGAAGUCCAGUUGUUGUCCAUACUGGUAAUGCUUAUCCAAAGCAAUCCACUGAGGCGGUAGAUAACCCCACAACCCAGGAAGUGGCCAGCAUUCCUAUUCCUUCAUCAACCACCACGUCCACUGAGGCAGUUGAUAGUAUCCAUGUGGUUGAGGAUAGCCCAACGAACCAGGACUUGCCUAGCAUUUCAACAAUAAACGAAUCAAAUACAUCUAGGUGUUAUCCCGUAUAUAAUGAUAGUGAUGACUACCCAAUGGACGACGAUAUGCUGAAUUAUCUUAAUGACAUUUUUGAAUCUGCGCCGCUAAAUAUGCCGAGUACCUCUGCGUAUGAUGGUUCAGCAUCUAGUUUGGAAACAGCCUCAAAUCGGCAACAGACGCGGAAAAAACGACCACACAAAAAGAUCGCCUCAUCUAGCAGCGAGAUGGAGUCUGACGAAGAGGACAGUGAUUCUAGUGAUGACGACGAAAAGUCAUCAGGCACUGAAGUUUCAACUGAUAGUGAAUUUGCUUGUGAAGACAUCGGCGUCAUUAUUCCACCUCCUGCUAUUCUAGUCACUGAAGCUCCUCCUCAUAUUUCACCUCCUCAAGAUUAUCCACUAAAUCGAACGAAAUCUGCAGGUGGCCUAGCUACUAAACGAGCUCUUGAACUCAAACGUAAAUAUUUAUUAGGAGAAUCUAGUCCACCUGCCGUCAGAAAAUCAGAAUCCACUUCUCAAUUAGACUCGAAACUCGAAGCAUUCCGCAUAAACAUCACGGAGUUCCAAAAAAUGUUACAUCCUGCAACACCUACACCUACACCGCAAACAGGCACACCCAUCCUCUCCUACCAAUUUACUUUCGAGGAGAAAAAGCCACCGCCUGAUAUCCCUGACAUCAUUAAAAAUAUAUGCAAUCAUGUCCCAGUUGAUUUACUUACUAAAGGCGACUCUAUACUCGAUUGGAAGAAACCAUUUAGAAACAAGGGAGAUCCGGAUUUGGAAACGGACUCUCUGUCGGAUGAGUCAUCUAGUACUGAUACUGCACCCAACCGAUCUGUACCUAGACUCGAAGUACACAAUGAAGGUGGAGAAUUGAUACAAUUAGAUAGUUUAAUUCUAUUAAAUAAUGCAGUGGAAGAUAAAAUGUAUUCUCGAACAACGACGCAAGAUGGUCCAGCUUUACUUCCCGAAGAAUCAGAAUCUUCGGAGUCUUGUAAAGAUGCAACGACACUUGCUCUUACAGAAACUGAACUAUCGGAUUGGGCAACAGAAAUUGUAGUUAUAGAUGACUGCGGCCUUGAUGAAAAUGGUGUGAGGAAACGAAACAAAAACCCCAGAACUUUAAGUGGUCCCAAACUAAUUCAGGACCCUAAAAACGUAGAAACCAUAUCGUCACACGUUUGUGGGCGGGACGGCCCUGAGUCCGAAAAUGUUGUCUAUUCGAACGCACCUGAAUACUUUGAAUUUGCAGACGAAGGUGAUCAGGAUCCUACCAUAGAAUCGACAUCAACACCUUGUAAUGAAGGUUACAUGGAAUUGGUUGAUGAUGAAUACGAUCCCUACUCGGCGUCAAGGGAUCGCUCUAUAAAUUUUAUAGAGAGAGUCUGCUCUGAUACCACAGUCAAACCUGACGAUACUCUCAAGUUUGCCUCAAACUUUUCAGAAUCACUAGAGUUCAUCGAUAGUUCAGAAUCCAAAUCAGGAAGUCACGUUACAAAAAUCGCAUCUGAACCAUUUUCCUUUUAUGAGAAAAUGCCGUGUAGAUUAAAUGAAAGUAACGAUUCUGGCAGUUCGUCCUGUGCAUUAAAAAAUAUUGAGAAUAGUGUUAUUAUCGAGGCUGUAAAUGACUUGAAAGUACAAAAAGAAUCACUUGCUUUAACGGAAAUGUCUCCACCGUUAUUAAGUAUGACUGAAAAAAACGGAGUCGCAGUAGGUUAUUGUGGUACAAAAAAUGGCAACUCUUUCGAUGACGUAUCGCCACCGCUACUCUCUGACAGUAUUAGCCAUUCCCGUAGCUUGAGUAAGGUAAACUACGAGAGUAAGCCAAUACCUGAAGAGAAGUUUAAAAAUAUACGCAAUUAUUCGCCGGCAAUUUGUCGAUCAGCCAGCGAGAAUUUAGGCGGACCUCGAUCUAAAAAAACGAACUCAAGUGACAGUAAUUGGUCUAUCCAAAUAAAUUAUAAGAUUCCUAGAGCUAGGGAUAGCCCUUAUCAAUUACAGUCACAGUUAACGAAAGUAGAAGAGUUAAAGCGGCAAAGAGAAGAACAGACUGAAGUGGUAAGAAGACUGGUCCUACAGCGCUUGGGUGGAGCGAAACUCGGCAAGAAAUCCACCGCAAGAAGUAGAAGUAGAGUCCUACCAUCGAGCAUGACUCCGCCCCCAGUUCCUCCGCCGCCCAUCUUACCAGCGCCCUUGCCCGACAUCUUUCCAGAAGUUCCCCCACGACCGACGUCACAGCCCCGACUGUCCUUAUCCAUGCAAUCCUCUCUCUCAGACCCAGAAUUAAAUCGAGAACAACGGUCCAGCAAGGGUUUCCUUAAGAGUAUAUCUAAUUAUUUCAACAAGCAUCUUGGACCCAAGCACAAGUGUGAAUCGGAGCCGGACCUGACGACGCACCCCGCUCGGCCUAAUGAGAGAGCAAACGCAAGUCGACACACGUGGUACCAGCCCACGGCAACCACACCCCAAUCAACGCCUCGUCCAACAGUGAGCGCGUCCAACGCGAGUCCUCUGCGGGAGACUUCGGUGAUAAGUCCAAAUUUUCGACGGGAUCGAAGCUCUGGAACUCGCACAAACACAGUAAACCAGCAGGUUGAUCAACAGUAUAUGUCUCCUGAUCGAGACAGGCCUGAAUCAGACGUGUCGGAGGUGCCUCUGUCCGCACCUCCGUCGGAAGAAGCUUCAACGACUGCUGGAACCAUACGUGAUAAAGUAUCUCGCGAGCAACGUCAAAAAACAAUAUGGAAAAGAAGGGCAAGACGAAUAGAAAGGAUUUCGAAAUAUGAUAAUGAAAAUCAAGACCACAUCGUAGCUCAGAUAUUAGAUAUACGAGCCACGGAAGAGUCUCGGAGGUCAAUGGAAGAGGCACAAAGAAAGAUGGAAAGCAUGCUGCGAGCUAAGUGGGGUAGCGUCGGAGAUUAGCUAUAUUUAUUAAGUCACUCGGUUGUUACAUCGGCAUAAAUAAGUUUUUAUAGACGUAGUAUAUCUUAAUGAUUAAACGCUUGCCCUAAAAGACUGGGUAUAAAUGAAAUCCUACGUGAAAAGAAUGCGUUUUCAUACUUAGGUGAAAGUCAAAGAUACUAUUUUUUCUAUACAAUAAUAUCUAUAAAAUUAACUAGUAACAUUUAAUUAAUUUCAUAUAUAAUCGACGCCCUGCUUUUAACACUAACGGCCUUAUUAAUUACCUUAUUAGGUUAAGUAUUAAUUCUGAGUAGUAAUUAGUUAAAUAUAGUGAACCGAAUUCAUUUACACCAAUCAAUUUGCAAUAAGAUUAGUCGUUCGUCGCUAUAGGCUGACAAAAAUGUAUUAUUAAUUAGUUUAAUGUUCCGAUAGAAGAUGUAUUAUUUUGCUGUAUUUCGGUUUUUUAUAUAUUAUAUACUUUAGGAUUAGGCGCGUUUAUUAUGUGGCAACUGAUAGUUUUUAUAAAUUAUAAAAACUGUUGUUGGUUUGUCUAUGGUGUCUUUAUACCCGUAACUUUUACGGUAAAUUUUCGGGAAAGGGGAGCUAUGGAACGUGCGAAUAAAUCUUGUGGAGUACCCAGAUGUACCCAGAUCGCUAGAUUUAAACCAGGGGCUCCAAUAUCAGCUAAAACAGUGUAACUUGUUAGAAUUUUUUUUUUUGACCUGCGGUGCAUGGUCUAUAUAGUAUGUUAGAUACGAAUCGUUUAUGUUAUAUGUAUUUUUUAAGUUACCUAAUCUAUUGGUUUUAUAAUAGAGUUGGGCCGGAGAUUAGAUUCCAAAGCUGUAAAUCGGGUAUUAGUGGAAUAGUAUUUUUUUUCUUCUGUUUUGUACCCAGCGCACACAGCUAAAGUAUUGUAAUAUUAUUUAUUGUGUUCCACUGUUAAAAUACCAUUAUGUAACGGUUAGAAAGGUUUUGACACUUGUUUCAUGUAUUAGAGUUAAGAUUAAGGUCGCGGUAAAUCGUUUGUAUUUAGUAAUAAACGUAAUGACCUUUCAUGGAGUGCCAAUAGCAUUGGCCAAUUAGAAUUGUCUUUUGUUUACCAUCUUCAGUCUAAGGCUAAAGCCACACGAUGCGGUAACGUUGCGGUGCGGCGCCGCAUCGUAAUUGUUUCGAGUUAUGGGGUGCCACACGGGCGUUGCGGUGUGGCAAUAUUUUACUCCUCCCCGCCUCGUCAUGCGACAUAGUACAGUAAUUUGUAUGUAUGAUGGCGUUGCCGCACCGCAUCGUGUGGCCGUGCUUUAAGGUGUUCUUCUCAUUGGGCAUUCGACACCUGAUCGACGAUUGAGGUUUCCUCGCUUUAAGCUGACUGACCCUCGUAGUCUAAAAAAUACUUUUGGGUAGAGAUUAUAAAUUAACAUUAUUUUGUACUAUUUUUACACUUACUGUAGGAUUAAUUGCUAUAUCGAUUCUAAGCGGACGGAAAUCGCUUACAGUGAGGCUUCAAGCUCCUUAUAAGUCUCUGUUAACCUGUUUGCCUCUGAAAUGUUUAUUUGCGCUAUGCAAUGAUAUAACAGCGCUUUUGAAUAGUUUAAUACACUUUAGCUAUGAAUAAGACGUACGUCAGGUAAAGGGAGCGUUCAAGUAUUAUUUAACGAAUUUACGGGGGGGGGGGUCGAAUUAAGAUCGAUAUUGUCAAUAUUAUUUUCGACUUUCCACCACAAAAUCGUAACUUUCAGGUAUAGUCGUGUCAGACUAUAUACAGAAAAAUGUUAUGGCACGUUAUGGGGGGUCAAGAAUCGUCAAAAUUGUGACGUAAUACUUGAACGCUACCAGACAUAACUCAUGACCCACUAGAAUAAUAGUCAAUACGUCACAAGCAUCGCCAAUACGGACAUAUUAUUAGACCGUAAAAAAAUUAUCAAAUGUCUGAAAAUCUGUAUAAUGCCAGUAAUAUGAGCGUUUUGAUUAGGUUUAGGGAAACAUUGUAACACACAGUUAUUGUAUUUCUUUCAAAGGCUUCAUUGGUCUCAGGAUUUUUUUUUAUUAUUUUUUUAUUAUGUGAUUUUGUGGGAGACAGUUUAAUAACAGUGAAGAGUUUAAAAAACCUUUUUGGUUCAUCGUAGGCGAUUUUCUUAGUAACGUUAUCAAGUUGUAGACAAUUUAUUUGCUUUGAUAAGAUUUUUUUUUUACAAUUAUUUUCUACAUUGUUCUCUAUUAUAUUAAAUGAUUUACUUAUAAAUGUUAAUGUAUGUUUUGCUAUAUUUAAUUAAAAUGUUAUUAGUUUUGUUUAAUGUACUUUUUUCUAUGCUAUCUUACUAUUUGUUUAAUUUUCACAUUUCCCCUUAUAUUAAUACUAAUAAUUAUAAAUUAAUUAAAUUACGUUUUGUAUGCAAUUAAAUAAAACCAAAGAUGUUUCCUAGAGUUAUUGUUCCAAAACGUGUGUGCAAAAAAUACAAAAACACACUUAUAAUAAUAACUUUUUCAGACGUCCAUUCACUCUGGAAAAUAAGUCAUGUAUAAAUUUGAAAUUAAAGUUAUUUAUUGUGAA